GAAACUUUCAGUACAGGAGGAGAGUAGAUGGAUCACAGAAAAAAUGCGGUGAUUACUAAUUGGUACUCGCCAAUGAUUGUCCCUUCCCAUUUAUUUUGACAACCUGGCAAGGUUUUGAUGACAAGUGAUGAUGGUGGCCUAGUAGGACACCUUUCACUCACCUGCCUAAAUCUUCAUAAUAAAAAAAUUCUGGACAUAUAAUAAGAUUUUCCUGUCAACUUCUCCUUAAUUUCCUGACAAGGAAUUGCUAGACAGCAGCAUGUGAUCCUUGGGUUACCUAUGUCUGAGGGAUAUCUCCACCAGGAGGCCUCUUCACCACUCAUACAUACUUGUAUUAGAUAUUCUCACAUACCCUUGCAUCUAUAUAUACACAUACAUCAAUGAUCAACCCACACCCAACUCAAGUCCUCAAGUCAUCACAAUUAUCUGCUUGUAAACCAAACUUUCCCUUCUUCUCCUUCAUCAUUUUUGCUAUUUUUCAACUCCUAGAGAGUUAACAUAAACAAAUAGCAAUGGCUAUUCGCUUUCCUGCCAUCACACAUGUUAAGCAGAUUCUUCGCCGAUCAAACAUGCUUCAAAAUCAAUCUGCUUCUAAUUUUACUGAUGUUCCAAAAGGCUACUUAGCAGUAUAUGUUGGAGAAGGACAAAAGAAGAGAUACAUAGUUCCCGUAUCAUUGUUGAAUAAGCCUUCAUUUCAAGAAUUGCUAAGGAAGUCCGAGGAAGAAUUUGGUUUCAAUCAUCCAAUGGGCGGUAUCACAAUUCCCUGCAGAGAAGACAUCUUUAUUAAUCUUACUUCAUGUUAGAUUUGAAAAUCAUCAACCACAAUUUUGUAUAUUGUACAUAUUAUUCCCAACGAGAUAUAAAAAUAACUAUAGUUCCUCUUUUACUCAA